AUGUCAUCAUAUUUACGUUUAUCCCAUGCAACUUCUCAACUAAUUAGAAGUUCCAACCGUUCUAUUGUAUCCAAAGCCUUUAAGGCCAAUCAUGCUAACACUUUGAAUUUAAUUCAAAAAAAUGGAAUUAGAAUGGCUUCCACUAAAUCCAUGACUGUCAGAGAUGCCUUGAACAGUGCCAUUGCUGAAGAAUUGGACCGUGAUGACGAUGUGUUUGUCAUUGGUGAAGAAGUGGCUCAAUAUAACGGUGCUUAUAAAGUCACCAGAGGUCUAUUGGAUCGUUUUGGUGAACGUCGUAUUGUCGACACUCCAAUUACAGAAUAUGGGUUCACUGGUCUUGCUGUGGGUGCAGCUUUGAAAGGGUUAAAACCAAUUGUGGAAUUCAUGUCCUUUAAUUUCUCCAUGCAAGCUAUUGAUGCAGUGGUCAAUUCUGCAGCCAAGACACAUUAUAUGUCUGGUGGUACUCAAAAAUGUCAAAUUGUCUUUAGAGGCCCCAACGGUUCUGCUGUAGGUGUUGCAGCACAACAUUCCCAGGAUUUCUCUGCUUGGUACGGUUCUAUCCCAGGUUUGAAAGUUCUUGUCCCAUACUCGUCUGAAGAUGCAAGAGGUUUAUUGAAAGCUGCUGUCAGAGACCCAAACCCUGUUGUGUUUUUGGAAAAUGAAUUACUAUAUGGUGAAACUUUUGAUGUUUCCGAAGAAGCCUUGUCUCCAGAUUUCACAUUACCUUACACUGCCAAGAUCGAAAGACCAGGGAAAGAUCUAACUCUUGUCACAUACACCAGAAACGUCGAAUUCUCCCUAAAGGCUGCUGAAAUCAUGCAAAAGGAAUUCGGUGUGGAAGUAGAAGUCAUCAACUUACGUUCCAUUAGACCUUUGGAUAUCGAUGCUAUUAUUAAGAGUGUCAAGAAGACUAACCAUCUAAUCACUGUCGAAUCCACUUUCCCUCAAUUCGGUGUCGGUGCUGAAAUCAUUGCACAACUGAUGGAAAGUGAAGGUUUUGAUUACUUGGACGCCCCAAUUGAAAGAGUUACCGGUGCUGAUGUACCAACUCCUUACGCCAAGGAAUUGGAAGACUUUGCAUUCCCAGAUCCAGAAACCAUUGUCAGAGCCAUCAAGAACACACUAUCGAUGGAAUAA